AUGUACACGGAAAGGGAUUUAAGUCGCAACGAACUGACCGCGAUCAGCAGAAGGACUUUCCGAGGUCUGACCGCGCUGAAGAGUCUACACCUGGAUGGAAACCAGCUGAAAUGCAUCGACGAAAAGGCCCUGGAACAUUUGAAAAGCUUGGAAGUCUUAACCUUAAAUAAUAAUAACCUGACGUACCUAUCACUGGAGGCGGUGUCUGUCGCUCGUUUGCACACCCUACGACUGUCAGACAACCCGGUGGUUUGCGACUGUCGUGUGGCACGUCUGGCUGCGGCCGUACGCGCUGCUGGGAUACUCGGCUUGGGAGCGAGAUGUCAGGCCCCAGCAACACUGAGAGGCGCCAUGCUGACGGAGUUGGAAGCCCAAGAUUUAAUAUGCAACGGUCCCAACUCCAUAGCAGAGUGUUCGUCAGAGCCUCGUUGUCCGCCCGCGUGUCGUUGUUCAACGGACGGCACGGUCGACUGUCGAGAGAAACUACUCACAGAACUACCCAUCACCAUACCGCAUAGAGCUACUGAGAUUCGUUUAGAACAGAACGAGAUAACGGAGGUAGGUGCUGGCGCCUUCUCAUCUGUGAAGAGAGUCGCUCGCAUCGACCUGUCCAACAACAAGAUCGUCAAGAUGGCCGGCGACGCUUUCAAUGGAUUAACACAUCUGACUUCAUUAGUUCUUUAUGGAAACAAAAUAAAAGACCUGCCAUCAGGGAUCUUUCAUGGACUUAUGUCGUUACAACUACUUUUGCUCAAUUCAAACGAGAUAAGUUGCGUCCGUAAAGACACGUUCCGGGACUUGCAGAGUCUCAAACUAUUAUCUCUCUACGACAACAACAUCAGAUCACUUCCGAAUGGCACCUUCGAUUCGCUCACAGGAAUACAAACUUUACAUUUGGGUCGUAAUCCGUUUUCCUGCGACUGUUCGCUGCGCUGGCUCGGCGCCUACCUCCGUCGUAACCCCAUCGAGACUUCUGGCGCUAAAUGUGAUUCCCCCAAGAGGAUGAACAGGAAACGAAUCGAUGCUUUGAGAGACGAGAACUUCAAAUGUAAACCCGGUGAGGAGCCCCCGGACGCAUGCGGCGCCGCCCCUCCCUGUCCCGACACAUGCGCCUGCUCGGGCGCCGGCCGCGCGCUGCGAGUGGCGUGCGCACGCGCAGGGCUCACUGACGUACCCAGAGAUCUACCUCUCACUACACACGCACUGAUCAUGCCGGACAACAAUCUCGGUCAAAUAAAAUCCGACGGAUUAUUUGGACGACUGCCCGACCUCACGAAGUUGGAUUUUAGGAACAAUGGUAUAACAGUGAUAGAAGAUAACGCGUUUGAUGGAGCAGUCGCCAUGAGGGAACUCUUGCUUGAUGGAAAUCUACUGCAGACUGUGGGAGAUAAAAUGUUCUUCGGACUACACAGCCUUACUCUCCUAUCCUUGACUGACAACAAAAUAAGAUGCAUCACUCCGGGCUCCUUCGAUCACCUCACGAUGCUAUCAACACUUUCGUUAGCCAACAACCCUCUCGUCUGUAACUGCCACAUGUCGUGGUUGCCGGGCUGGUUGCGAGGUCGUCGUCUGUCAGCAGGAGUGACGUGCGCUCUCCCCCUCGGCCUGCGCGGUACUGAGCUCCAACAAUUGGAGGUCGUCGACUUUAAAUGUGCUCCUGACGAGCAGGGUUGUCUCCCAGCGGACUACUGUCCCGAGCGCUGUACUUGCGCCGGUACCGUGGUGAGAUGUGCUCGAGCUAAACUGACAGCCCUACCGACCAGGAUACCGCCUUACACCACGGAACUGUACUUGGAGUCCAACGAGAUCACCAGCAUCUCCUCAGACCAGGUCCGUCACUUGACGCAGCUGACGCGGCUGGACCUCUCCAACAACAGAAUCGGAGUUCUCUCCAACAAUACUUUCGAAGGACUCAACAAACUAUCAACACUCAUCGUCAGUUACAACAGAUUGAGAUGCGUUCAGCGCGACGCUCUAAAGGGUCUGACCCAGCUUCGUGUAUUAUCUCUACACGGUAACAACAUCUCGACUUUGGCCGACGGAGUGUUCAGAGAUCUUGAAUCAAUAUCACACGUAGCCCUCGGAUCAAACCCCUUGUACUGCGACUGCAGCGCGCGCUGGUUGUCUGAGUGGGUCAAGGUGUCUGGUGAGUACGUGGAGGCGGGCAUCGCUCGCUGUGUGGCCCCGCCGCCCAUGAGGGACAAGCUGCUACUGAGCACUGCUACUAGCGCUUUCGUUUGUAACGGUAACCCCCCACCGGAAGUCGUAUCUAAAUGUGAUCGUUGUUAUCGCAACCCGUGUCUGAACCAAGGCACGUGUCACUCAACCACAUCCGGUGGCUUCGCUUGUGUUUGUGCUCGAGGCUUCCACGGAGACACGUGUCAGUAUGAGAUAGACGCGUGCUACGGCUCGCCCUGUGCUCAAGGAACGUGCCAGUUGUUGGAAGAGGGGAGGUUCCACUGCGCGUGUCACGCUGGUUACACGGGCGUGAGGUGUGAGGUAGACAUCGACGACUGUGUGGAGCACCGCUGUAAGAACAACGCGACCUGCCUCGACCACCUGGAGGGAUACACCUGCAAGUGUGCUCCGGGGUACAUGGGCGAGUUCUGUGAGAAGAAGAUUCCGUUCUGUACGAGCGGCUUCAACCCGUGUGCCAACGGCGCGUCAUGCGUGGACCUCGGCAGUCACUACACAUGUACCUGCCCUAAAGGAUACUCCGGACAGAAUUGUACAGUUAACGCUGAUGACUGUAUCAACCAUAUGUGUCAGAACGGCGCGACCUGUAUGGAUGGGCUGGAUGAGUACCGCUGCGCGUGCGCCGCGGGGUAUGCAGGCCGGUACUGCGAGGCUGCGCCCCACGCGGCCCUGGGGACUUCGCCCUGCGCCCACCACGACUGUGUACACGGAGUCUGCUACUUACCUGCACUGGCGUUGCACGAUGACAUCAUGAUGGAGAGACCUCUGCUGGCGCCGCCCGACUACCUGUGCAAGUGUGCGCCCGGAUACUCGGGUCGAUACUGUGAAUACUUGACCUCCCUGACCUUCAACCACAACGACUCUCUGGUGGAACUAGAACCGCUGAGGACCUCGCCGCAAGCUAACGUCACUCUCGUUUUCAGCACAAAACAGUUGCACGGUGUUCUAAUGUAUUUCGGUGACAACGAACACUUGGCUGUUGAACUGUUCAACGGAAGAAUAAGAGUCAGCUACGACGUUGGGAACCAUCCCACCUCCACCAUGUACAGCUUCGAAAUGGUUUCUGAUGGUAACUACCACAAAGCUGAACUAUUGGCUAUCAAGAAGAACUUUACCCUCCGCGUAGACGACGGGCCCGCCCGGUCCAUAAUAAAUGAAGGUAGCAACGAAUUCCUUCGCCUGGAGCGUCCGAUGUUCGUCGGCGGAGUGCCGCCAGAUGUCGCUAAGGACGCCUUCAGCAAGUGGCAUCUCAGAAACAUUACUAGCUUCAAAGGGUGUCUCAAAGAGGCGUGGAUCAACCACAAACGUGUAGACUUUGUAAACGCGGCCCGAGCGACGCGGACUACCGCGGGCUGCGGGGGCGGAGGCCUAGCGGGCCCCGGGGCGGAGGACCCUCCCGCAGCCCCACACGCACUGCAGGAAGACGGCGCUCAUGAACCAGACCCGUGCGUCCCCAAUCCGUGCGCGCGCGGCGGCCGCUGUGUCCGCGAGGCCGGCUCCCCUUCAGACUACACGUGCCGCUGCCGCGCCGGCACCGCGGGGGCGCAGUGUGAGCGACGAGCCUCUGUUGGCGGUACACCAGUCAUAACCCAAUCGAAACUACCGCCGCGGAAACAAGUCAUUAACAACGUGCAAGCAUCGCCAGCGGCGCCAUCACAGAAACAAUAUCCCGACCAAGCCUCUGCACCACAGAUGCCGUCGACAGCAGCCUGCAGAAAGGAAGCGACUCGUGAGUUUAUAACAGAAGGCUCGUGUAGGAGCCGCAGACCUGUCCGCGGGGCCCGCUGCACCCGGUCUGUGGGGCCCGGAGACAGCGGCGCCUGUCCGCGAGCGACCUGCUGCGGGCCUAGGAAGACUAAGAAAAGGAAGAUACGUCUCGUCUGUUCAGACGGCACCCGGUACACCAAAGACAUUGAAAUAGUGAGGAAAUGCGCCUGCGGGAAGAAAUGUCCAGCGAAGAACACCUACCUACACUAA